AUGGAUACGGCGGCGAACUUGCACAUGCUCAAGCCUCAAGCAGCCAAAAGGUGGUGUUCCUCCUCCGAAGCGGACUUUGUCGACUCCACCCCGCCCAUACCCGCCAAGGCACCACGAUCCGGCCGCGCUCCGAGUAUUCGUCUUCGAAGCCUCUUGGCCUCCGAACAAUAUCAGUCGCUCUUGGACCGGCGUAUACUUCCACUGCAAGUGCUUCUUCCGGCUGUCUUCAUCUCCGUGCUAGCUCCAGCUUUCCUGUGCGGAUACCCGCCAGAGACAUACCUACAAUGGCAUCUUCGCCUCAGGGCCCUUUCUCAUAGCGGUAAAUCCCGAUUCUAA